AUGCACACAAGAACGUCUUUGGCUGAUAAUCCUCCUGAACUAAAGCUUCACUCCACCAUGACCACGGCGAGUCCCUCCUCGACUGUGAGCGUGAGGCCGGAGCAGAGCGCUCGUGAUGUCCUCUGCAAACUGUGCCUCAUGGAGCAGCCCUCAGCCGCCACCAGGGAACUGCUGCACUGCAACUGCAUCUUCUGCACCGCAUGCUUGCAGCAGUAUGUGAAGCUGGCCAUUUCUGAGGGUGGAGGGGCGCCCAUCACCUGCCCCGAUAUGAGUUGCCAAAAGACAGGCAUGCUCCUGGACUCUGAGAUUGUCACAUUAGCCGGAGAGACUCAGUCCAAGCUCUAUCAAAGACUAAGAUUUGAGCGAGAGGUGAAGUUGGACCCCAGCAGAGUCUGGUGCCCUGUGCUGGCAUGUCAGUCUGUGUGCAGUGUGCAGUCCUCUGCAGAGGGGCGGCCCACCCCGGUGUCUUGUCCCACCUGCCACACACUCUUCUGCUCGGGUUGCCGAGAGACGUGGGACGACAAACACUCCUGUUCUGAGCAGCAGCCCAUCAUGUCUGCGCCGGCUGCAAAGGAAAGCAGCCACUCUGACGGUGAGGAGGCCAUCAAACAGUGUCCCAUGUGUGGAGUCUACAUCGAGAGGAACCAGGGCUGUGCUCAGAUGCUCUGCAAAAGCUGCAAACAUACUUUCUGCUGGUACUGUCUGCAGACCCUGGAUGGGGAUAUCUUCUUGAGGCACUAUGACAAGGGCCCCUGCAGAAACAAACUGGGUCACACUCGGGCGUCUGUGAUAUGGAACCGGACACAGGUGGUGGGCAUCCUGGUGGGCAUCUGCAUUGUAGUGAUGGUGACUUCUCCUCUCCUGGUGCUUGCCUCUCCAUGCAUCCUGUGCUGCGUGAGCAAACCGUGCCGCGGAAAGACAAAAGCCAAGAAGAAGAAGAAGAAGAAGAAGGACAUCUCCACAUCGGAGCCCUCCACAUCAUAG